AUGCUGAACGAAUGGCGAACUCAGCUGGAAAAGCCGAACACACCUGGGGAGUUCACGAAAAUGGCCAUAGUCCCUAGGAUGGAAGCGUGGAUGUCUCGCGAGGCUGGCGGAAUGACUUUUCACGUGACACAAAUGUUUACUGGACACGGUUGCUUUUCGAAGUAUCUCUACAGAAUCGGUAGGAGGGAUGAUUCAAGUUGCAAUUUCUGUGGCGAAGAAGACGAUGUUUACCACACAAUCAGGGAUUGCCCGAACUGGGACACGGACAGAAUCAGGCUCAAAUGGAAGUUUAAUUUAAAUAGGGACUUCACGCUUGGCGACAUUGUUGAAGCCAUUGUGGGGUCAAAAGAGCUUUGGGUGGCUUUCUCGGCAUUUGCCGAAAAAGUAAUGAGAGAGAAGGAGGAGGAAGAGAGACGUCGAGAACGACUAGGACGCGCUCACCUUCCACCUCUCAGAGAUGACGAGUCGGACUAG